AGGAAAGUCGUUGCCAUUCGACCUCUGCGGGGCCUGCGCGGACGCAGCGAGAACCCAGAAAUUCAUUAUGCCUUUAAAAGCUUUAUUUAUUUCCGCAUAACCGACAUACUCUCACCGCGGAGGGCGGAGGACAAGUAGCAACGGCCGGCCAUCUCUUUCGGGUGGGAGAGGAGCUUUAAAAAAAAAAAAAACAUCACAUUACUGCCGUGGCGGGGAGACUGUUGAGGAUUUUAUUAUAAGAGCAAAAAAUGUCCGGUGAGAGAAACCGCAGGUCGCUGGCGUUCCGAGGCGGUGGAUUAGCUGGGCUAGCGGGCUCCGGAGGCGUCGGCGGGGGGAACAGCUGGGAGGCCCCGGCCUGUCAGGACCGACGUUUUAACGGCAACCGGCUGGACCCGGACGAGGACGGGGACCUCGGGGCGAAAGGACCAACGCGGAAGCGAGUGGAGGGCGCCGGGUCGGUGAGCGACAGCACGGAGCCCGAGGCGGAGGAGGAAGAGGACGCGGAGGCAUCAGCCGGGAACGCGGGCUCGGGGGAAGCGGCGAACGGCUUCAAAGAGGCAACGGUCGCGGGCAGCGACGGAGCCGAGUCCGGCAGCGGCGAGGCGGCGCCCAGGAAGUGCGGCGUAGAGAUGAGACCCCAGACGCUCCUCCAGAAGCACUCGCUCUUCCACGCGUCGUGGCUCCGCGAGUUCCCGUGGCUCAAGUUUUGUCAGGAGACGGGGCUCAUGUCGUGCUUCUGGUGCCACGACGCGGCCACCAAGAACGGCGACGAGCUCAUCAAAGGCAGCCGCAACUACAAGAGGGCCUUGCUGCUCCGACAUCACCUGUCGUCCGAGCACGGCAGGAAUGACCCCGGCAAACAGGAGACGGGGAGGCCCACCGACAACGCCAGCCCGUCCACCAACUCCUCCGACGAGGACUUCCGCAACAAGCCCCAUGAGAAUUCGUACUGCUACCAGCUGCUCCAGGAGCUGGACAAGCAACGCAAGAGCGGCAUCCUCUGCGACGUCAACAUCGUGGUGUCGGGCCAGGUGUUCAGAGCGCACAAAAACAUACUGGUGGCGGGCAGCCGCUACUUCAAAACCCUCUACUGUCUGACCCAGAGCGAGGCCCAGGACCAGGCCACCGUCACGCACCUGGACGUGGCCGCCGUCCAGGGCUUCUCUGUGAUCCUGGACUUCCUCUACUCGGGGAACCUGCUGCUCACAAGCCAGAACGCUAUCGAGGUCAUGUCGGUGGCGAGUUACCUCCAGAUGACCGAGGUGGUGCAGUCGUGCCGGGCGUUCAUCAAAGACGCCCUCAACAUUAGCAUCAAGCAGGAGGCCCCCGACUCUGUGGUGGUGGACUACAACAAGAGGCAGACGGUGGCCAAAGACGGGCAACGGGGCCCCGAACGGAAGCCGAGCAACUUUUGGGCCACAAGCAUCCUGUCCAAGCUGUCAAUCAAAGCCAGCAACAACCAAGGAAAAGAGGCCGCCACGGAGGACGAUGAAGAAGGCAGCGGCGGCAGGGUAAAAGAGGAGUCCAGCGACAUCGAGGUGACGACGGUCGGGGGCGAGGGCUGUGCCCUGGUGCCCCCCAGGGCCCCGGGAAGCUGGAGCCAGCACAACGACAACUCCUCCGAUUCAGCAGAGACCAACGAUCCGCGCUCGGCGGGCGCCCAGACGCAGGUGUUCGUCUGGAACGAGCCAGCCACGGGCGGCGGCGCAGGGGCGGCGAUAAAGCGCGAGGCGCCGGACCCUGCCGCUGCCGGAAGCGGCCGGCGGAAAAAGCAGACCACCACGCGGCGGUUCGUCUACAACUUCCCGCCAGAGCCCGAGGAGGGCUUCGACGAGGGGAUGUUCAUCCAGCCGUCGGCUUCCUACCCCAGAGAGGACUUCUCUUCGCUCUCAGAAAACGCCGAGCUGGCCAAUCAGAUCCAGUAUAGCAUCAUCCAGCAAGGGGAAUCCUGGGAGAAUGGCGAGUCGCCGCUCCUCGCCAUCAACAAGCUCAAGUGCCCCCACUGUAACUACAUCGCCAAGCACCGGCGCACGCUCAAGAGGCACCUGGUCAUACACUCGGGCGUGCGCUCCUUCAGCUGCGACAUCUGCGGAAAGCUGUUCACCCGCCGCGAGCACGUCAAGAGACAUUCCCUGGUGCACAAGAAGGACAAAAAGUACAAGUGCAUGGUGUGCAAGAAGAUCUUCAUGCUGGCCGCCAGCGUGGGCAUCCGCCACGGCUCGCGGCGCUACGGCGUGUGCGUGGACUGCGCCGAUUCGCACCAGGCCACCCAGGAGGGCCUGGAGGCCAUGGAGGCCAUGGAGUUCCCCCGCGACGACGACUUCGAGGGCGAGGAGGUUGAGGACCUGGAGGGGGAGGAGCCUGCUGACAACGACCAAUCAAAUUGGGCGCAGGGCAACGCUGGUGCUGCCCUGGAGGAGGACAAAGAGUUUUAAAUGAAUGGGUGUUUAUUGUAUGUGUGCUACACAAGACGACAAGCUGGUAAACAAUCAACUCCAAAGUGCUAUCAAACCUUGAGGGUUGCUCCAUUCUGCGAGUUUGACAACGAUUUAAAAAAAAAAAAAAAGCUUUGGUAGUGUGGGAACCCCGCCAUGUACAGAUUUUAUUAUUAUUAUUAUUAUUAUUAUUAUUGAUGCCCACAAGAGAAAGAUUCUAAGAUAAAUCAGGUUUUUUUUUUGUUCUUUGGUGAUGUAUUUUUAUUAUUUCCUGUUAAGUGGGCGGGGUGUCGUAGAGGUGGGGUUAGGCCAAUCAUUGAGGAAAAAAAGUUAAUUAUUUAAUUUAAGAAGAGAGAGAGAGAGUUAUUAUGGUCUUAUCAGAUAAUCUAAUUUUUAUUUCCGUUUCUUCUUUUUUUUUUUGCUGUGUAGACGGUGUUUAGUAGGUGCGCUAAAUAUCUUGUAUUAUUCUGUUCUAUUGUUUUUUUUUUGUAUUUGUGAUUUUUUUUCUCUUUUCCCUGCACAAAUCUUGGAACCAAAAAAUCUGUUUAGUGACUCUAAUGUAUCUCAGCCAUAUUUAUGAUAUUAAUUUAAAAAAAAGCUUCGGGGCUGUGACGUCGUGCCAAACAGACCGCACACCAAGAUUUAGCAGGAGAGCGAAAGAAAAGAAUUCAAAACUACUGAAUACGCUUAGAAGAAAAGACACCUUUUAAAGUAAAAAAAUAUAUAUAUAUAUGAAAAAAUAUAUAUAAAGUGCAAGGGGAACUAUUCUAGCUAGCUUUAUACAAAUCACCGCGUCACAGUAACACUUUAUUGUCGAUGAAACAAAAAGCAUUUGACCUUCACUUAAAGCUUGAAUUGUUGUUUUUAUUUUGUUUUUUUUUUGCCAAAUGGUUUGGUGCUGUAAUGAAUGCUUUAGUGGCAGAAAUACUGGACCUACAAGAGUCAGGUUGAUGGGGAGGGGGGGUCCAAACGUGAAUUUGAAGAAUGGGGAGGAGGUUGGCACUUACAACAUGCAAAAAAACCCCAAAACAAUCCAGUGUUGGCAAGUGAUGCUCAGCACGGCAACCCUCAGAAUACAAUAUGGUCGGGGGAAGGGGGGGUCCCUGAACCCCUAAACCCCCCCCAAAACAUUUUUUAAUUGAUUUCUGGAGGACAUUUGUCGACUUUCUCAUCAUAAAGUAAAACUCAAUCAUUUUGGUGUUAAACACACCUCAUGUUAGUGUAGCGUGGUUGGAGAAAGAUGUUUCAUCUUUAAUCCAAAAGGCUUCCACGUCUACGUUUUUUAUGCGUGGAGUCUCCCUUUUUAUGUCCCUGGUGGGUGUGUAUUGGUGGUGCAUAAUAUUGAAUUCACAACUCAUUCACAAAACACGAAUGGGGGGGCGCUAUACAAAAUUUUGUGGGUUUUUUGUUCUGUUUGUUUUUAUGUGUGUUUAAUUUUGUUUCCACAACAUGCCGUGGGCCUGGCCGCACUUUGGACACCCCUGUAGAUGAUGCCUAACAUGACCACCCCACUCCCACUGAAGACAUAAAUAGAGAGACUCCCCACUGAAAGUAAGCGGCCCUAAAUCCUCCUCAGUCAAGCUGCAAUACGGGCGGCAUAUCAUUUUAUUUCCAGAAUAUGCCGCGGGGCAAAUAAAAACUGAGGCACCCCCCCGGGGACGCCAAUGAGCUCCCGGGGCCGGACUUUGGACACCCCCGACUCUCAUAACUGACUCAGCUUCACCUCCUAUACAACACUGACGACUAUCAGGUAAUCUUCGCCAUGCUUUUAACCUUUUCUAACUAGAUAGAACUACCGGCAGUACUUUUUAACAAGGACCUAAGUGGACGUCUUGUUUAUAUUUGGUACCGGUUACACACACACAGUACACACACACACACACACACAACACACACAACACACACACACGUGAAACGGCGUUUAUAUAUUUGAUUGUGAGGAGACGUCCCAUUUUUAUGUACAUUUUGUUUGGUCUGCCAGGUAGGAAAACACUUUGUUCCAAAAAAAAAAGAAAUAAAAAGUGGAUCUCUAUGGCGCCAUCAUAGACAUGCACUUACGUUUUUGUGUUCACGAGAAUCAUUUUUUGCUUUUCUUUGAAAUUCCCCCAAACGUGGGUCUGAAUGGAACUUUCUUUCUUCCAACUGUUUUUUGUUGUUGUUAUUUAAUAUUGACUCCAAAAAAUGCAAUCAAGACUGUUCAUUUCUAUUUGUCCAACCAAAAUUGUUCUUUAUUAUUAUUAUUAUUAUUAUUGUUAUUGUCGUUGGGUUAUGUCUGCGAGGAGCCAGGUGAUAGUGUAGGGGAAAAAAAAAAAUCUUGUAAUUGUUGAAAUGAUUAUUUCUUUUUUUUUUUUUUUUUUUGACUAAUGCUAAGCUACCAUUCACUUAACCCCUCCCCCCUUCUCGUUCUAAUUUCCCUGUUCUUAGCACAUAUUUUUCAAAUGUGGACGGAAAGCUGGGAGCGGCAGUAUGUGUUCAUAUGCAGUUUGUACGGAAACGUGUAACCUCCCUUUACUCAGUGGAAGAAGACGCUUCAUCCUCCUCGUGUCACUUUUACCUUCAAAUCACUGUGGGUGGGCCUAUAUAAUGGAUAUACAUAUAUAUAUAUAUAUGUGAAGAAUCUAUGAGAAGAAUAUAUAUAUAUAUAUAUAUGAAAAAUAUAUUAUUUAACUAUAGUGGACUUGAAAACCUUUUUUUUUUUUUUUUUUAAUUUCCAAGAACCUUCCGCUUGCUCUUUUCUUCAGUGCUGCUCGUCCAUCACGUCUUCAUCCUGUCCUGUGUUUGUUCUUUUGAUACUAUUUGUCAUCCUACUGAUUUUUAUUGUCAUGAAUGAUUUUUAAUGCUGUAUUUCUUAUAUGGACAAGAAAACAAAACCCAAGCAAAAACACUAACCGAUGUAAAAAGAUUUUUCUCCCCACUCCCCCACCUCUUUUCCUCCGGCUGUAUUUUUUUACGCUGUUGCUGCAAAAAAAAAAAAAAAAGAGAGAAAAAAAGGCAAAAAAAAAAAAGAAAGAAAAUAA